UGUUAUCAAGAAUCUUUUGAAUACUCACAAAGUCUCAAAAUGCCUAGACCUAGAUGGAAACCAACUCCACAUCAACUGAUGAUAUUACAGGAUUUGUACAGAAAAGGUUUGACUAAUCCAAAUUCCUCACAAGUACAAAUGAUAACUGCCAAUCUUUCUAUGUAUGGAAAGAUUCAAUGGAAGAAUGUGUUUUACUGGUUCCAAAACCACAAAGCUAGAGAAAGGCAAAGCAUGAGAAAAAAGCUUUUUCAGCAAAUGCAGAAAUACACUAAUGAUGAUGCGCAAAACCCUCCUUCUCCUCCUCCUCCUUCUUCUAAUACUGCUGCUGUUAAUUAUCAGCUAUACCCCAACUCUCCAACUAUAUUUCUUCAUCAGGUUGAAGCAACAGAUGCAUCACCUCACAUGGUGAACUACCUCAGGGAGAUCAAUUGCAUGAUGAAGACUAACGGUGGAGAUUGGAUCUUGAUGACAAACGAGGGUUCUUCGAGUAUUGUCCAUUGCAGCAAUAACAGACCUCUAAGAACAUUAGAACUUUUCCCUGUCGCAGCGACUGGAUUCAAGGAUUAGAAACUUAUAAAUCUUCUCCUUUGCUUAAUUAUAUUUCACUAAUAAG